GUCGAGCGAGUGCCGUUAGCUCGGUCUGCUGCUUCGAAAAUAGAAAGACAUUACGGCGUUUUUUUUAACGUGUCGCGCUUAAAUAUUUCAGUUUUUCUAACGAAGCAACGAUGUCUUCGCUUCAGUAUUUGAGAGAGUUGAUAAGCGAGCGACUAACUGCCGCCGCAGAAGAGAUAUUCACACACGUAGAGAAUAUAAUCGUCGACUACAAGGAGGAGGUGGAUCGUCAGCGAAAACUGCUGGAGAUCGUUAGUAAACCUCGAGUGAGGUUACAGCGGAUAGAGCCUCCACAGCAGCAUGUCUAUAAUGAGGAAGAGGUUCUCACUGAGCAGCAGCUCUGGAACGAGGAGUGGAACUCCAGUCUGGACCAAGAGGAACCCGAGUCUCUACAGAUUAAAGAGGAAGUGGAGGAAAUCUGCACCAGUCAGGAGCAGGAGCAGCUUGAACUGAAGCAGGAGGCUGAUAACUUUAUGCUGACUCCUGAUAAUGAACAAAGUGAUCACAUGGAACCAGAACCAGACAUUGACCACCAGCUCCUCUCUCCUGUAGCGGAGAGUCAAGAUCAGACAGUCCACAUGAGAAAAAAUACAGGUAAAAAGCCCCAUAUGUGCAACAUUUGUAAGAAAUGCUUUGCUGGUAAAGGUAGCUUGAAUAUCCACAAGAGAACUCACACAGGUGAGAGGCCAUUUUCUUGUGAAACAUGUGGGAAGUGUUUUCGACAAAUGACGCAUUUGGUCAUCCACAAAAAAAUUCACACAGGUGAAAAGCCCUAUAUCUGCAGCAUUUGUAAGAAAUGCUUUUCGCGCAAAGACGGCUUGAAAGUCCACAUGAGAAGUCACACAGACGAGAAGCCAUUUUCUUGUGAAGCGUGCGGAGAGUGUUUUCGUUCUGCACUGAAUUUGGUGUUUCACCAAAGAAUUCACACGGGCGAGAAGCCACUCUCGUGUGAAAUAUGUGGAAAGAGUUUUCGACAAAGUUCAGCUCUGAUAAUCCACAAAAAAACUCACACCAAUGAGAAGCCCCAUAUGUGCAACAUUUGUAAGAAAUGCUUCAUGCUCAAAAAUACCCUGAAGGUCCACAUGAGAACUCAACACAGAACCCGGCCCGUAAACGACGCAGCGAUGUCUUCGCUUCAAUCUCUGAGAGAUUUAAUCAACGAGCGACUAACUGCCGUCGCCGAGGAUAUUUUCCGAGCUUUUGAGAAAACUAUCGUUGAGUUCGAGGAGGAGGUGGACCGUCAGCGCAGGCUGCUGGAGGUCGCCUGGAAACCGGACGUGAAGCUCCAGCGGAUAGAGCUUCCACAGCAGUUCAUCUGUAAGGAGGAGGAGGUUCUCACUGAGCAGCAGCUCUGUAACCAGGAGAGGAACUCCAGUCUGGACCAAGAGGAACCAGAGUUUCUACAGGUUAAAGAGGAAGAGGAGGAAAUUUGCACCAGUCAGGAGCAGGAGCAGCUUGUAAAGGAGGAGAUUGAUACCUUCAUAGUGAGUUUUGAUGAUGAGGAAGGUGAUCACAUGGAACCAGAACCAGACACUGACCACCAGCUCCUCUCUCCUGUAGCUGAGAGUCAAGAUCAGACUGGAGACAAACCUGAGGACUUCGGAUCCAUGACGAUGAGUCAGAAUAAUGAACAAACUGAUCACAUGUCAAACACAGGUUCUAACACUAACACCGGUCAAGUCAAGUCCAAAAAAUGUGACACAUGCGGAAGAAUGUUUUUGUAUCUGAGCCAGUUAACGAUACACCAGAGGAUCCACACAGGAGAGAAGCCAUAUUUAUGCAAAAUGUGUAGGAAAGCUUUUAUGACCAUUUCUGCGUUGAGACGGCACAUGAAAACUCACACACACGAGAGGCCACACCCCUGCGAAAUAUGUGGGAAAACCUUUACACGUAGCAGCGCCCGGAAUAACCACAUGAGAACACACACAGGUGAAAGGCCGUAUUCAUGUGAAACCUGCGGCAAAGGAUUUAGUGACAUUUCAUCGCUCAAUAAGCAUUUGAGAUUGCACACAGGCGAAAAGCCGUAUGCCUGUGAGACAUGUGGGAAAUGCUUUGUAUCCAGCGGCGAUUUGAGAAUCCAUGUCAGAACGCACACGGGCGAGAAGCCAUAUUCAUGUCAAAUAUGUGGCAAGUGUUUCAUGGGCAACGGUGAUCUGAAAGUCCACAUCAGAACGCACACAGGGGAGAAACCAUACUGUUGCGGCACCUGCGAGAAAAGAUUUAAUAACUCGUCAGCUUUAAAGAAGCAUACGAGAGUGCACACGGGAGAAAGGCCCUAUUCCUGCGAAGUUUGUGGGAAGAACUUUGUGCGCAGUUGUGUCCUAAAAGUUCACAUGAGACUUCACACAGGAGAGAAACCGUAUUCUUGCUUGAUAUGUGGGAAAGGUUUUGUGAGCAGUAGUCCCUUGAAGAUUCACAUAAGAACUCACACGGGCGAGAAGCCUUUUUCCUGCAACACCUGUGGAAAGAGAUUCCACAAGUCAUCUAGUAUGAAAAGUCAUCUCCGAGUUCACACAGGUUAAAUGUUGUGUGCUAUUGUAUACGACAUGACUGUCCCACUGUUCAGAAACUGAGUUUAAUCCCAAGUGUAACCAGGUUUUUGACCAGUCAGAAUAUGAUAAAUCAGCAUGAAUCAUUGGGAUUAGCAUGAACCCAAGACCUGGGUCAAUAUGGCGAUGUCUUCCCUGUGUGCCUCAGGCCACGCGAAAAUGGAACGAAGCGUAAACAACAUUCUUUGUUGUUUUUGAAAAAGUUUUGCCAUAAACACGGCAACCUUUCAUGAAAUGUCUCCGUCCACACAAAACCCCUCCCGAACCGCUGUUGUACAUAUGCCAGGCCUGUAAGUGGCGCUGUCACACCUCACCAAAAACAAUAUGUUGUACGCAUCAGAGAUAUAUGGCACUUUUCCAUUAUACAGUUCCAGCACGACUCGGCUCGGUUUGGUUUUGUUUUCUAUGGCUUCAUAGCACCUCCUCAACAUGGGCGGAGUCAUCGUAGCACGACUGCACGAAACUGCCGUGCCGUGGUUAUAAACGCGACACAAACACACAGACUUGUAAAGCUGUUGUUUUGGGUGUAACUGAAUGAUUAGAAUCAGGUUGUGAUUGGGCUCAUGAUCGCCAGCCUUCAGCAGACUGUUGUUACUUUUCGUGGAAAAUAGUUGGAAACACUGACAAACAAUCUCCAAACGACGACAACAACGAAGAUGGUGUGAGAGAGAGAGGUGGAGCUAUGACGUCAAGUCAAAUGUCAUUUCUUUGCGUUAUUACAGAGUAAUAUAUUAUUUGUGGUUAAGUAAAGACUUUGUAAAAGUGUCAUGACAUCGACAUCGUCUCUGAACUCAACUGUGUUUUUGUUUUUGACUCAAGCCCAAAACUAUACCUUGUUUUCUUUGGUUGUGUGACUGUAGCUUACACAUCUGCACCUCCAUUUUAACUACAAUGUAACCUUUUAAAAAUUAUUAUUAUUAUUAUUAUUGUAAUAAUAUAAAAAAAACACAGGUUGAAUAGAAUGUAUGGUAUGUUUUCACAACAUACAUAUUUGUAAGUAAACGACGAUUGCAUCUGUGACAGAA